AUGAGAGCCGCAAUCGUUCUCGCCGCCUUCGCGGCAACAGCUGCAUGCCAUACCAUCAUGCAGAAGAUAUCCGUGAAUGGUGCAGACCAAGGACAGCUUAAAGGCGUUCGCGCCCCAGACAGCGACUACCCCAUCACGAACGUGAACGACGGGAAUUUUGCAUGCAACACCGGGAUAACUCACAAGGAUAGUAAUGUGAUUAGUGUGCCGGCUGGAGCGAGGGUUGGUGGGUGGUGGGGACAUGUUAUUGGGGGUGCGCAAGGCGCGAAUGAUCCUGAUAAUCCGAUCGCUGCUAGUCACAAAGGUCCGAUCAUAUAUUACUUGGCCAAAGUAUCAAACGCCGCAACCACGGGUACAACCGGCCUCCAAUGGUUCAAAAUAGGCCAAGAAGGUCUCAACAAUGGGAAAUGGGGUGUCGAUACCAUGAUCGCCAAUAAAGGCUGGCACUACGUCGACGUUCCAUCAUGCAUUGCUCCUGGCGAUUAUCUGCUUCGAAUCGAACUCAUUGCGCUCCAUAGUGCUGGAUCUAAUGCUGGAGCCCAGUUCUACAUGGAGUGUGCGCAGAUUAGGAUAACAGGGUCCGGAACCAAGACAGGGACGAACUUGGUCAGCUUUCCUGGGGCAUAUAAAGCGAAUGAUCCGGGGAUUUUGAUUAAUAUCUAUAAUGGUUCGGGCCAGCCAAAUGGUGGUGGGAAGGCCUAUGUUGUUCCGGGUCCGCCUGCUGUUACUUGUUGA